AUGUUCUUAAACACGUUUGUAUCUCUCGCUUUCGCCGUCUAUCAAGUUGUCUCCGGUUUCUUCGUCUCUCCCGAAGUUCACCAGCCGCGUUCUACGGAGGUUUACCCACAGUCGGAGCCUCUUCCGCCGCCGAUUCAGCUCGGAGAAAUCACCGAGGAGGAGCUUAAGCAGUAUGACGGCUCCGAUUCCAAAAAGCCCCUUCUCAUGGCUAUCAAGGGCCAGAUCUAUGAUGUUUCCCAGAGCAGGAUGUUCUAUGGACCAGGUGGACCAUAUGCUCUGUUUGCAGGGAAAGAUGCAAGCCGAGCUUUGGCAAAGAUGUCGUUUGAGGAUAACGACUUGACAGGAGACAUAUCGGGUCUCGGCCCAUUUGAGCUAGAGGCGUUGCAAGACUGGGAGUACAAGUUCAUGAGCAAGUAUGUCAAAGUCGGAACGAUUCAGAAGAAGGAUGCAGAAGGCAAAGAAAGCUCAGAACCUUCUGAAACAAAGCUUGCUGGCUCAGAAGAAGCUCCUUCUACAACAAACACUGGAGAAGAAGAAGCUCCCGCGGUUACCCGCGAUGAAAGCAUUGACGAGAAAACCACCACGGAGAAGAAGGAUGCUGCAAAUGGUGAUGCUGCAAAGGAGGAAAACAAAAGGGUAUGCGUGGAUCUCUCGUGCUGGAUCGUUGAAUUGCAUAAAGUGAACCAAUCGUAUUGCGCCACUAAAGAAAAAGUUUAUCUCCGAGGAUUCUUUCAUCGCCUCCGAGCCCUCAUUGCCCUAAACUGCUCCAUCAUCCUAGUCUCAGAUGGUUCAAUUCCUGGAAUCAAAGUACCAACUUACAGGCGUCGAUUAAAAUCAAGAUUCGAGGUCGCUGAAGAUGCCGUUGAACCUGGGAAAGAGACCUCACUCAAAAGAAACAUGGGGUCUGAGUUCUCCUGCAUGAUAAAAGAGGCAAAGGACGCCUGUUUUAGCUCUGAUUCAGAUAUUUUCCUUUUUGGCGCAAAGACUGUCUACAGAGAGAUAUGCCUUGGUGAAGGAGGUCACGUUGUUUGCUAUGAGAUGGAAGACAUCAAGAAAAAGCUUGGUCUUGGACGGAACUCAUUGAUAGCUCUGGCGCUUCUUCUUGGCAGUGACUACUCUCAGGGAGUUCGUGGUAUUCGUCAGCAAAAAGCUUGCGAGAUUGUUAAGUCUGUUGGAGAAAAUGCUAUCCUUGAAAAAGUUUCAUCAGAAGGACUUUCCUUUGUGAAAAAGCCGAGAAACUCGAAGAAGAAAGCAGUGUGCAGUAAAAAGGGGACCUUGCCCUUAGUGGUUAUAAAUGGGAGUAAUCAUGAUCCAGAAGGACUGGAAGAGAUCAAAGAGGUGAUUGAUGCAUUCAUGAAUCCCAAGUGUCACCCAGCAGACUCUAAUACAGUUUCCAGGGCUCUGGCUGAGUUCUCUUUCCAGCGCACCAAGCUUCAGGAGAUAUGCCAUCAAUUCUUUGAGUGGACUCCUGAGAAAACAGAUGAAUACAUACUUCCUAAAAUUGCUGAAAGAAAUCUGAGGAAGUUCGCUAUUCUACAAUCAAAAUCAACUGAGGUUGGCGGCGUUAACUUUCCUCUCCACAAGGGACGAGAAUGUUUUGAAGUCUCAUGGAAUGAUCUAAACGGGUUAGAGACGUCCAUUGUUCCUGCAGAUCUUGUAGAAAGGGCUUGUCCUGAGAAGAUCAUAGAGUUCAAGGAGAAAAUGGAAGCAAGGAAGAAGAAGCCGAAACAAAAACAACCUAAAUCAAAACAGACGGAAACAAGUUCGCCGGACAAAUCCUCUUCUCUUAUCGAACUCAGCCUCAAACUACAACAAAUUGCUCUCAGUUCAACCUCUGUAGUAGCUACAAGCACCAUAGAAGAAACAGAGCAAGAGAAAGAACAGCAAAACCCCAAGAAACAUAACUACUUGUGUCUAAUCGAUUCGCCUGCUAAAGAAAAUUCAAAUAAUGAUUGGUCGGCCAUGGAUAGAUUCGUUGGUGUUGGCCUGAGUUCUUGUUCAUUGUAUCAGGAAACAGAAGUCAUUGAUCUGAUAAGCCCUUGUCCUGAAUCUCGUUCCCGGAGUGUGUCAAGAAGUUAUCAAGAAGAGAAGAGCCAUGAUCACAAACUUGAGACUGUAAUUGAGCUGAGUGAUUCGGAGACAGAUGAUGAAGAACAUUGCAGAAAAAGCAGAGAGCUUCGGAUGUUUCUUGAAAAUAUUAGGAAAGACAUUAUCCUCUGAACUAAUAGAGGACGAUGAUCAUUUACGAUAACUAUGUAAUGUACGAAUAGUUCCAUAUAAGUUAUGAGCUCUUUUAUCUUCUUUAUAUUUUGGCAGGUUUCAUGAUAAUUAUAAACUGAGAAAAGCUAUGUUUUCUCUUUUGUUGUUCAUAGUCCCUACUUUACCUUGCUUUAUUAAAUUUUACUAGCGUGUUUUUCACGGAAAGUUAUAUUAUUGAAAUAUGUCUCUCAUAUAAUGAAUUCGCAUGUGAAUAAAAUAUUCUAUUUAUAUUAGAGUUAACGAAAAUAUAAAUACAGUAGAAAUUCUAUAAAUUAAUAUUCGAUAAAUUAAUAUUCGAUAAAAUUAAUAAUUUUGCUCAGUUUGGAGUUAGGCUGGUUCAAAAUGUAAUACAAAUCUAUAAAUUAAUAAGAUA